AUGAAAAACUCAACCUCCAUUUCCUCCUACAUUUGCGCUCUUCUCAUUUCCCUUCCCCUCCUCUUCAUUUCCGCCGCAACCGCGGUCCCGUCGACCCUGUUGGUUCAAACCUGCAACAAAACCGACGACGACGCUCUCUGCCUCUCGUCUCUCUCGUCCGACCCUCGAUCCGCCGCGGCCGGCGAUGUCAAGACACUGGCUCUGAUAGAGAUCGACGCCAUUACAGCCAAAACCAACGUCACUUUAGACAUUGUUGGCAAGCUGUUAGCCAAUGUCACGGACCCGUAUUUGUACCGGUGCUACGGUUUGUGCGUCGACACAUUCAAGGGGAUUCUGGAGAACAGGAUCCCACAGGGGAUUGCGGCUCUGAAUUCGAAGAAUUAUGCCGAGGCGAAGGAGCAGGUCGGAGAUGUUCAGUCCGACGUGGAGCUGUGCUUGGAACAGCUGGCCGACAAGGAACCGUUUACUGGUGGAGCUCAGCUGAUGAGUCGUCUGGCCGGUGUGGCCAUUGGAAUCAUUAAUUUGUUGCAUUGA